AUGUCAGAAUUAGGCUGGAAUACUAUAGAAUCAGAUGCGGGCGUGUUUACUGAACUGAUUGAAAAGCUCGGCGUUAAAGGACUCGAGUUUGAGGAACUUUUGUCAAUCGAUGCUGACACUUUAAGCUCAGUGACUCCAUUGUAUGGUGUCAUUUUCUUGUUCAAGUACCGACGGUCAGAGUUCGAAGCAAUGCGUCGCAAGACUCAGGCUGAGGGUGGGGCUGCCAAACCUCUUGACGGAGAAUAUGCGACUGCUGCCGAAGACGUGUUUUUCGCACACCAAGUAAUCCAGAAUGCAUGUGCCACACAGGCUGUGCUUUCUCUAUUACUGAAUCUCCCCGAGCGCACAUCUGCCCAUGAGCAGGUGGCAAACCUUUUGGGUUCAACAUUAUCUGAGUUCCGUGACUUUGUUGCAGCUUUUGACCCAGAGCUCAAGGGCGAGGCCGUCUCUAAUUCGGAGCAAAUCCGAGCUGCCCAUAAUUCCUUCUCGCGGCCGCCCGCAGUUCUUGAUGAUGACAAAGAUCAUCGUCCAGACCGUGAUGAGGAGGAUGAUGGGCUGUACCAUUUCAUUGCCUAUACACGUGUCCACGGGACUCUUUAUGAGCUCGAUGGUCUUCACCCUCACCCUAUUUCCCACGGAGAAUGUACUGAUACUCAGUUCCCUGAAACACUUGCCGAGGUGUUGGCGCGCCGCAUUUCUCGUGCACCUGCUGGUGAUUUGCGUUUCAACUUGCUAGCGCUUACCGCAGACCCACGACCGGCGUUACGUGCUGUGAGCGAUGAGACUGGACUUGCACGUGAGGAAGCUAAACGGGCUGCGUGGCGCCGUGAAAACGUGCUACGACGGGCCAACUAUACGGGUCUUGUGACGGCGCUUGUGCGUGGCAUUACGGCAAAACGUAUUGCUGCUGGGGAUGAUUGGAACAAGACUGUACUUGAGCCUGCGACGAAAAAAUCACGCGAGCUGUACAAUUCCAGAAAGCAGUAG